GAGAGAGCGAGAGGGUGGGGUGUAGAGAGCAUGUGAGAGUGAGAGAAUGCUAGACAGGGAGGGAAAAGUGAGAGAAAAGAAACAGAAAAAGGAGUAACUUCCUCGUUGCUACAUGAAAACAUAGUAAUACAAUUUAUUGCAAAGGGUCAAGGUUGGGGAGGACCACCUGACCACCUGACUCCACAGCUCCCAACUGACAGAGGGACAGAGAGAGAUGCACACCUGUUCAUUUGGAACACUCAGACAUGUGUUACUAAUCUGGUAACACAGGUUGGGGACCUGGACAAGUUUGGCUGCAAGAGGGGUUGGAUCAAAGCCACAGCCCAAAGGUGGGUUCCAAGGGAUCGGGCAUCUACCAUCCACUAUUCAGAUUCAGUGGGUUUGGAUCAAUUGACCCUCUGAGUUUCAACCUUCUCACAGAUUCUGGAAGGAUUUAAACUAUGAUUUAGCAUGGUUGAGACAAGAAGACUGCAAAGACAGACAUUGGUUUACUGGAAUUUGUCAUAUCUUCACAAAGGAUAGAUUUUUUUACUGAAACUGUGUGUGGAAACUGACAUUUUCAAUUGUCAAAACAGAUAAACUAACAUCCCCAGGACACCCAAGAGUUCACAACCAUUUCAGACAAUAUGCACUGCCUUCCUCUUCCUUGUUCAUCUUUGCCACGCCCCAUAAUGUCCGUAAGCCCCACCUUGUUCCUUGGACUAAUUCUGUUCCUCCAAUGUGGUCCCCCGAGGGCCAGGGCUCAGAAUGACACUGAGCCAAUCGUGUUGGAGGGGAAGUGCCUGGUGGUUUGUGACUCCACCCCCUCAUCGGAACCUUCGGGUAACGCUCUGGGGAUGUCGGUGCGGUCGGGGACUGGUCGAGUGGCAUUCUCCGCUGUCAGGAACACCAACCACGAACCCUCAGAGAUGAGCAACCGUACUAUGACCAUAUAUUUUGACCAGAUCCUUGUGAAUGUGGGCAGCCAUUUUGAUCCAGCACGGAGCAUCUUCGUGGCGCCUAGAACAGGAGUCUAUAGUUUCUGUUUCAACGUGGUCAAGGUCUAUAACCGACAGACCAUUCAGGUGAGUCUGGUUUUAAAUGGACAUCCGAUCAUCUCAGCCUUUGCCGGGGACCAAGACGUGACCAGGGAAGCAGCCACCAACGCUGGCUUGGUCACCAUGGAGAGAGGAGAUAAGGCUUAUCUCAAACUGGAGAGAGGGAACCUGAUGGGGGGAUGGAAAUACUCCACCUUCUCUGGGUUUCUGGUGUUUCCUUUGUAAGAAUGGAUGGGGGAAGGGGAGGGAGAGACGAGGGGGAGGAAUGUGGUGAGAUAGGAGUGAGAGAAUAAGAGAUGGGUAAGCAAGUGAGUGAUGGGAUAAAUCGAGAGGACGUGAGAGAUAGAGAGAGGGAGGGAGAGAGGAUAGGAUGUGAAAGAGAUAGAGGACAAGACAGACUGAGGAGGAGUUUGUAUAACAAAGGAGGAGGAGUUUGUAUUACAAAGGAGGAGUUUGUAUCACAAAGGGGGAGGGGUUUUGUAUUACAAAGGAGGAGUUUGUAUCACAAAGGAGGAGGAGUUUUUAAUCACAAAAUCCUGAAUGGUACCAUUUUGCAAUAGACUUUUUUCUAUACACUGCUCCAGCAUAUGAAUGAUACUGUAGAUCGUACAGUAGGUGUCAUGCUUGUGUAUUGUGGAUCGUAUUCAACUUCCUUUGAUGCAUGAAAUGCUAAUAAUGACAUAAUAAUAAUAAUAAUUACAUAGAAAUAAUAAUUGUUCUAAAGGUAAUAAAAGACAAUGGAAUCUUUGUAGGUAAAGAUCAAUCAAGGACAGGCUUAACUGAAUGAACAACAGAGACAGAAUGUAAUCUGGCAUUUUAUUGUAUAGUUUUGGGGUAUGGCCUCGUCGCUGAGGAAUGCUACUUGGAGCAAGAUGAUGAUGACAGGUAGCCCUAUGAUGGGCAGCUGGCAUCGAACCACCCCACCCCCCUACUCUGAUAUACUUUAUGAAUGCAGGCCCAGAUCAGAAAUGUAAUCAUAAGGGUGACACUGUAACUGUAUAAUAGAAGUUGACCUUACCACAGAUCUAGGAUCAGAUUCUAUGAUUCUAUGCUCCCUAUGAUAACCUCAACUGUUUGGGAGAUGACAUAAAAUCUAACCCUGAAUCAGUAUUGAAAGGGAUUACUUCCACCUUCUCCAAAGCUGUGCAUGUGUUUGUGCUGUAAAUAGUGCGGACACCUUCAACGCUUCGAGUGGAGGAGUCUGGGACUCCUGCAGUUCACCCUGGUGGAUCCUGCGGCAGAUGGUAUUUUUGGCGAGGUGUGUGUGUGUGUGUGUGUGUGUGUGUGUGUGUGUGUGUGUGUGUGUGUGUGUGUGUGUGUGUGUGUGCGUGUGUGUGCGUGUGUUGCCUAUGGGUUUCAUACCGUACACUGUCACAACCAAUUUCUCUCGCUGCUUGAAUACCGAGAGGAGGCAUGUAAGAAUAUUUAGGAGGGGGUGUUGGUUUAUUCUUUAAAGAUGUGUGUGUUUAUAGAAGUGUUAAUAUAAGAUUAUAAGCUUAAUAUGUACUGAUAUACAGUUGAAGUCGGAAGUUUACAUACACCUUAGCCAACUACAUUUAAACUCAGUUUUUCACAAUUCCUGAAAUUUAAUCCUAGUAAACAUU